CUGAUAGAGAGAGAGAGAGAGAGCGAGCAUCGACCUCUCUACGUCCCUCUUCUCUGAAAUCUGAAUUGUUUGGAAGUAGGCCGGGAAGGAGAAGGCUUCAAAUUCGGCGAGUUGACCGGACGAGACUGGGAGAGUUCUUCGCCAGAUUGGGAGAAUAAAGUUGUCGGAAGCGUCUUUUUGUUUUAACCCGUCGACUUGGGAGUGUCGGAUGCUCCAAUAGAGGUGAUCAAAGAGCUUUUGAAAGUUUCAACUUCUGGACCAGUUUUAGCUACACGGGCUCCUCUAAGAUUGAAAGGGAGGAGUAAAGGAGUUGAUUGACAGAGAAAAGAUGGCUGUCGUAAGAUGCAGUUUCUCUGUUUUACCUUCGCUGAGAAAUUGCAGCAUAAAAAAAAGUCGAAUGGAUCAUCAAAUUUGUUCUUUUCCUUCAAGAUCCAAUAGCGUCCCAAUUCCAGUUUUGGCUUCAGCAAGCAAUGUUCAAAAUUUCCAGCAAACCCGACUCUGUGCCACCAAUUCCAAGGAGUUGUUGGAAUUACUGAUUGAAAGAGUUGACUUAUCUGAAGAUAUGGCGGAGGCCUCGCUUGAGUUUCUGCUGACAGAAGCUAAUGAAGCUCUAAUAAGUGCAUUUCUUGUUCUUUUAAGGGCCAAAGGAGAGACAUACGAAGAAAUUGCUGGAUUGGCGAAGGCGAUGAUAAAACGUUGCAAGCAGAUAAAAGGAAUCACUGAUGCUGUUGAUAUUGUUGGGACAGGAGGUGAUGGUGCAAACACAGUUAACAUAUCAACAGGGGCCUCCAUUCUAGCUGCUGCUUGUGGAGUGAAAGUUGCAAAGCAAGGAAACCGCUCCAGUUCUUCUGCAUGUGGAAGUGCAGAUGUGCUUGAAGAGCUAGGUGUAGUUAUUGACUUGGAUGCAGAGGGGGUGAAGGCAUGCGUAGAGGAAGUAGGAAUUGGUUUUAUGAUGGGUCCUGAAUACCAUCCAGCAAUGAAAAUUGUUGGUCCUGUCCGGAAAAAGCUGAAACUGAAAACAGUAUUCAACAUACUGGGUCCAAUGUUGAAUCCAGCACGAGUUCCUUAUGCAGUUGUGGGUGUCUACCAUCAAGAAUUGGUCAGUAAGAUGGCGAAGGCUUUGCAAAGAUUUGGCAUGAAAAGGGCAUUGGUAGUUCAUUCAGAGGGACUGGAUGAAAUGAGUCCUCUUGGUCCAGGAUUUGUUCUUGAUGUUACUCCAGAAAAGAUUGACAAUUUUCCGUUCGACCCAUUGGAGUUUGGAAUCGCUCGCUGCACUUUGGAAAGCCUGAAAGGUGGUGGCCCAGAGUUUAAUGCAAGAGUACUUAAGGAUGUGCUAUCUGGUGAUAAGGGAUCAAUUGCGGAUGCUUUUAUUCUCAAUGCUGCAGCUUCUCUCUUAGCCAGUGGUUAUGUGAAAAAUCUUGCUGAAGGAGUAGAGAUGGCUCGUGAAACACACCGAUCAGGAAAAGCUAUUAGGACACUGGACUCAUGGAUAACUGUUUCAAACCGUUUAAGAAGAAAUGCUGCUGGAUCUGAGCUGCCUAGGCAAAUGCUGGGAAAUGUAUCCAAGUGACAGUUCGAAGAGAAAAAUCAACAGCUUAUCUUGUCCUGAAGUUCUCAAUAAUACUCUCAGUGAGUUUAACGUUUCUUUAUAUUUAAUAAAGAAAUCUGUAUUCUAAAGCUGCAAUUUACUUGUUCAGACAGUUGCUCUUUCCCUUUCGCCUAGUGCCCUUGCAGGAUAGCAAUGCUUAUGUAUAUCCUGGUUCUUGUGUUCAAAACAACUGCAUCUCUGGAAGUCAAGAUGUCGAGAGCCUAUCAUGGUGAAAAUAUUUGAGCAAGUCAUAUGAUGCUUACAUUGAUUA